AACAUGACACACCUCUCUCUCUCUGUGACAGUUGACUCUUGGAGUCUGGAAGAUGAAAAGAGGACUUUAAUUUGAUUCCUGGACUUUUAUAGACCAUCAUAAAAUGGAGAGCGUCUACCGACAGGGCGUGUGGAUGGCGGAAGCUCUCCAGCAGAGAAGCAGGAGUUUGGAGGAUCUGUGGCUCGUCGCUUCUCAUAUGGGAGACCCGAAAGCCGCGGUUCUGCUGGUUUUCCCCGUCGUGUUUUACAUUCAUCGCCGGACAGGCAUCGCUGUGCUCUGGGUAGCAGCCUUGGCAGAGUGGCUUAAUUUGGUUCUCAAAUGGAUCCUCUUUGGCGAGAGGCCUUAUUGGUGGAUUGGAGAAUCGGGCUUGUUUUCUGAAAAGCCUCCAGAAGUGCAGCAGUUUCUGUCCACUUGUGAGAGCGGUCCAGGCAGUCCGUCGGGUCACGCUAUGGUCACCAGCGCAGUGUGGUGGGUGAUCAUUUCUUCUCUGGCCUCCUUCAGUCACGCUCACACAGGCAGUAAGAUAUUAUCCGCAAUGCUGUAUCUGCUGUAUGCAGUGUUUCUAGGAUGUGUAGGUCUUUCUCGGAUCUUCAUCUUGGCCCAUUUUCCUCAUCAGGUCAUUGCAGGUCUUCUGACAGGUGUGCUUCUGGGGGUGUUUCUGAAGCGAUCUGUGCCUGAACAGCGCCCUCUGCUGUUCUUCUUUCGCUUCAGCGUGGCUCUGCUCAGUGCUGCUCUUAUUUUCCAUGCUGUUCUGGAAAAAACUGGGAUCGAUCUUUCUUGGUCCAUCUCACUGGCCAAGCGCUGGUGUUCUCGCUCUGAGUGGGUCCGGAUGGACACUGCGCCCUUCUCCUCUCUGAACCGUGAUGCAGGGGUUCUGUUAGGACUGGGCCUGGCGCAGUACUGGAAGCCGGGCGGAUGGACUCUUCCUCGGGCCCCCAGGACUCUCUGUCUGGCCCUGUCGUCUCUGGUCCUGCACUACAUCAGCAGGUUUCCUCUUCCCACUGUCCCUCCUUUUCUAUUCUACUCUCUGUUCUUCCUCAAAUACAGUAUCGUGCCGCAGGUGGUCAUGGUGCUGGUGCCCGGAUUCGUCCAUUUACUCACAGCCAAACCCAAGAGGGAGUAAAAGUACCUGCCGAGUCAUUAAAAAUUGAAAGUUCGUAACACAAAAGAAGCAAGCUUGAAGAUUGAUAAGUUAUAAAGCCGUUUUUACUAUUCAGACAAUGCCGUUGCUUGCAGCUUUUAAAGAUUUCUUUUGCAAGUAGAAGUAAUGUGGACUGAAAUAAAUGUAUUUACACUGCAAAAAAUGCUUUUUUUUUUAGAUUUUUUGUCUUGUUUCUAGUCAAAAUUUC